GCAGCGCCAGUUGCAGUCCCUGCCCCGCGGGUUCGAUCAGCCAGGCGGGUGCAGCAAAGUGCGAGCCCUGCACUGCUGGGAGCUAUGCACUGUUUGCCGACGAACCCUGCCUGACCUGCGCGGCCGGCACCAGCAGCCCGCGAGGAGCAGCUGAGUGCACGACGUGCCAAGCUGGCUAUGUGAGCUCUGCCGGUGCUGGUGAAUGCCUCCCAUGCCAGCCUGGCACUUUCACCACCGACCUUCAACAGUGUCGCACAUGUCCAGCGGGCACCUGGAGCAGUAUUGCAGCCAGCAGCUGUGAGCCGUGCCCUCCUGGAAGUCGCUCUGACACUGGCUGGGGCGCCUGUCAAAUCUGCCCUCCUGGCACGAACAUCCAGCAGCCGGAUGACCAAUGUGAAACCUGUCCUGCUGGCACUUACAGCCAUGCUGGCGCUACAGUGUGCGACAUAUGCGAAGCUGGGACGUUCAGCAACACGUCCUCGAACAGCUGCACUACCUGCCCUGCUGGCAGAUACAGCAACGACACCGCGCCAGAGUGCACCGACUGCCCCAGCGGCCGCUUUAGUCCGGAGCGCGCGGCCGUCUGCACACUCUGCCCGGCUGGGACGAUCAGCGGCGAAGCCUCUGGUUCCUGUAUGCUCUGCCCUGCUGGCACCUUCAGCGGCAUUGGGGCCUCUGUCUGCAACGAUUGCCCGGCGGGCACGUUCAUCCUCAGUCCAGACCAAACCUGCGAGAUGUGUGCUCGAGGUCGGUAUAGCACCACGGCGUCCACUGGAUGCAAUUCCUGCAUCCCCGGGACCUUCAUUACGGAUCCGGCCUUGAACUGCACCUCCUGCCCGGCGGGCACCUGGAGUGGCAUGGAAGCGGCAGAGUGCAUCCGAUGCCUGCCGGGCGAGUUUAGCGACGAGGGCUCUGCCUACUGUUCACUGUGUCCUGCUGGGACCUACAUCGAGCAGCCGAACGAGACGUGCAUGGACUGCCCAGAAGGCACUUGGAGCUCGAGUGCCUCGGUCUCCUGCAGCGACUGCCUUCCAGGUCGUUUCCGUGGCAAUGGCACCGGCUGCGAGAGUUGUCCUCCUGGGACACGCAGCGAUGCUGCCGCGGACAUGUGUGAGGAGUGCACUGCGGGCAGGUAUAGUCGGAGUGCAUCUGACACCUGCGACCUUUGCCCAGCGGGCUUUGCCAGCGAGCCGGGCUCCGGCGAAUGCAGCGCCUGCAGACCUGGGAGCUUUAGCCUCGCCGAGUCGCCCUCUUGCAGCAUCUGCCCUGCCGGAACCAAGAGCGGGGCCGAAGCUGGGAUGUGCACAGCCUGCCCACUGGGGAAGGUUAGUCCAUCGAAUGCCAGCCGCUGUCGUCUUUGCCCAGCCGGCCGCUUUGCGCCCUCGCCGGACGGGGAAUGCAUGGAAUGCCCAUCUGGCACGUGGAGUACGUCGCGCUCAGCAGAGUGUACGGAAUGUCCCGAGGGGCGAUGGAGCCACCCUGGUUCGCGGGAUUGCGCUGCUUGUCCUGCUGGAACCUACAUCCUCGAGGGUAACGCGACCUGUCAGCCCUGCCCACAUCGCUUCUGGAGCUUCGAGUCAUCCGCUGAUUGUGAGCCGCUGGGCUCGGGCACCUGGAGUACGCUGCGUGUGCAGCACCUGUACGACGAGAUCCUCAGGGAUGGCACCGGCGAAGAUCGCUGGUUCGAGAUUCGCUCGCGAGAGCUGGCGAGGGAUCCCUGGGUCCUCGCGGCCAGAGAAGAUUGGCUCCAAGCGUGA